CUCUCGGUCUCUCCUCGUAGCCUCGUCGUUUUACCCUUGGAUGAAUGGGAGGCGUAGCCGGAAGGGGAAAGGUGGGAAACUUGUGUGGAACGCAUGGAGCACAUGCUGGUUCUGUUCUCGGCGCAUGGACUGUGCUUUCCUUGCCAAGAUGGUGCUAAGGGUACUAAGAGGACUAAGGGGAAGGUGCAGGACCCAACAGGGGGGAGAGGGGGGGAAGAAAGGAAGGAGCGACUGUGCAUCAAGUUACGAAAGAGAGCGAAAGAGAGAAAGUUUGUGCUGAAUACAUCAUCGCGAAGUUACAGAGAAUGGUAGGAGGAAUAAGAGGAAGACAAGAAGGAGGAGGAGUGCAGAUGCUCACAUCCUCUGCACCAAGGAAACGAAGAAUGA